GCGCACUGUUUAGCAAGGAGGAAAAGGCAGCAGUGGUUUCAUCGAACGUCAUCGGGGAUAGGAAGGGCUGCUUUUAAUACAUUUUAAGAAGAGAAGAAAAUAGGACAAAUAUGCGGCACUGUUCGGGACUGAUCUGAAUUUUGAGAAUUCUUUUCGGGGGAAGUUAUUUGGAGAGAAGGACGAAGACGCAGUUGUUUAAGGAAACCCCGGGAAUUAAAAAUCAGAUUUGAGAGUUGCAUAUAUGUGCUAAUUCCCCUGUCCCAAAUGAGAAGGCUUCAGUGCACAACAGAUUUGGAUUAACGUUCAUUGAAGUAGUAAGCUGUGACAGAGACACAAUCAGAGGGGGCGAUGGACAGAGAGGGGAGAUAGAAGGGGGAACGGAGUGAGAGACUGUGUGGGAGAGAGCGACUGGACGACAGUGAGAACCAGCCAGAGAGGUUUGGAAAGGGCCAGAUCUCUGUGUGUUAUUCUCCCAGGUUCCUGACAGGUGUCUGUAGCCCUAUCUACAUCCUACGCCGGUGCUCUGUCUGCAGCCAGUCAGAGGAGCGUGGGAAUGCGGUGAUGUCUUGAGGCAGUCUCCCAUCCGGCCUAGUGAAGGACGUGCGAGGUCAAGUGACUGCUAAUGGGAACCCCUGUGACACCAUGAGCGCUCGUGAUGGCGGCCACGGCGGCGGGAUCGGCGGCGUGGGCACGCUGGGCAGGCGAGGACGCUACGAGGACUCGGAGUUCACCCUGCGCAUCUAUCCGGGCUCUCUGGCCGAGGGCACCAUCUACUGCCCCGUCAGCGCCCGCAAAAGCACCACGGCCGCCGAGGCCAUCGAGCGCUGCCUGGAGCGCCUGCGUCUGGACCGCGACCGCUGCUAUGUGCUAGCCGAGGUCAAGGAAUUUGGCGGGGAAGAAUGGAUCCUGAACCCCAGCGACUGCCCAGUCCAGCGGAUGAUGCUGUGGCCCCGCGGGGCUCUGGAGCAGCGCUCGGGCUCAGGCGGCGGGGAGGACUACCGCUUCCUGCUGCGGCAGAAGAAUCUGGAUGGCUCCAUCCACUACGGCGGCAGCCUGCAGAUGUGGCUGCGUGUGACCGAGGAGCGCCGGCGCAUGACGGAGCGUGGCCUGUUGCCACAGGAGGAGGUCAGGGGUGACCACGCCGACUUGUGCUGCCUGCCGGAGCUCACCGAGCGCUCGCUGCUGGACAACCUACGCUCGCGCUUCCGCCAGGAGAGGAUUUACACCUACGUAGGCAGCAUCCUCAUCGUCAUUAACCCCUUCCAGUUCCUCCCCAUCUAUAACCCUAAGUACGUCAAGAUGUACGACAACCACGCUCUGGGAGACCUGGAGCCGCACAUCUACGCCGUGGCGGAUGUGGCCUACCAUGCCAUGCUUCAGCGGCGGAGGAACCAGUGCAUCGUCAUCUCUGGGGAGAGCGGCUCGGGAAAGACCCAGAGCACCAACUUCCUGAUUCACCACCUGACUGCCCUCAGCCAGAAGGGAUUCGCCAGCGGGGUGGAGCAGAUCAUUCUGGGGGCAGGGCCAGUGUUGGAGGCAUUUGGGAAUGCAAAAACUGCCCACAACAACAACUCGAGUCGCUUUGGCAAGUUCAUCCAAGUGAAUUACCAGGAGAGUGGCACUGUCCGAGGAGCCUAUGUGGAGAAGUACCUUCUGGAGAAAUCAAGACUGGUCUACCAGGAGCACAAUGAACGGAACUACCAUGUGUUUUACUACCUGCUGGCAGGAGCAAGUGAGGAGGAGAGGAGCGCCUUUCACCUCAAAAAGCCUGAAGAAUAUCAUUACCUCAACCAGCUGCCUGUUCCCAGAGGCCCACAGUGGAUGUCGACCAGACCUAUUUCUCUCUCUCUCCACAAACAGGAAGCAGAGGAAAGCAAAGAGCAGAGGAAACAUUACAUUAUGACAAAGAAAGUCCUGAGACUGCACUGGGAGAAUUACUAUGAGAGCGAAGCGGACUGCUUCACAGUGGAAGGGGAGGACCUGAAGCACGACUUUGAGAGACUGCAGCUGGCCAUGGAGAUGGUUGGAUUCCUGCCUGCCACGCGCAAACAGAUCUUUUCUCUGUUGUCGGCCAUUCUUCACCUGGGGAACAUCCGCUACAAGAAGAAGACCUACCGAGAUGACUCCAUUGACAUCUGCAAUCCAGAAGUCCUACCUACUGUCUCAGAACUGUUAGAGGUCAAGGAGGAGAUGCUAUUUGAAGCCCUGACGACGAGGAAGACCAUGACAGUGGGAGAGAGGCUGAUCGUGCCCUACAAACUGGCUGAGGCGGGCACGGUGCGAGACUCCAUGGCCAAGUCCCUGUACAGCGCACUGUUUGACUGGAUUGUGUUCCGGAUCAACCACGCACUGCUCAACAACCGGGACUUGGAGGAAAGCGCCAAGAUCUUUUCCAUCGGAGUGCUGGACAUCUUUGGCUUUGAGGACUACGAAAACAACAGCUUUGAGCAGUUCUGCAUCAACUUCGCCAACGAGAGGCUCCAACACUACUUCAAUCAGCACAUCUUUAAACUUGAGCAGGAGGAGUACAGGGCGGAGGGCAUCAGCUGGCACAACAUUGACUACAUCGACAACACAGGCUGCAUCAACCUCAUCAGUAAGAAGCCCACAGCCCUGCUCCACCUGCUGGAUGAGGAGUCCAACUUCCCCCAGGCCUCUAACCAGACUCUGCUGGACAAGUUCAAGCGGCAGCAUGAGGGCAAUGGCUACAUUGAGUUCCCUGCAGUCAUGGAGCCCGCCUUCAUCAUCCGUCACUACGCCGGCAAGGUCAAAUACGGGGUCAAGGACUUCCGGGAGAAGAAUACAGACCAUAUGCGUCCUGACAUCGUGGCCCUACUGAAGAGCAGCAAAAACGCCUUCAUCUGUGGCCUGAUGGGCAUUGACCCCCCAGCCACCUUCCGCUGGGCCGUCCUCAGAGCCUUUUUCAGAGCCAUGGUGGCCUUCAGGGAGUCUGGGAAGAGACACGUACACAGGAAGACUGGGCAUGAUGCCGCUGCUCCCUGUGCAGUUUUGUGCAGUGUGGAUAGUUUUAGCUUUCUGCAUCACCCUGUGCAUCAGAGAAGUUUAGAGAUCCUGCAGAGGUGCAAAGAGGAGAAGUACAGUGUGGUCAGGAAGAGUCUACGAACACCGCUGUCGGACCUGCAGGGCAGCAACACGCUCAACGAGAAAUCUCCACGGGAUGGUGUGGGCUGGAAUGGGCGUGGUGGGCGGCAGGGCCGCCUGUCAUCCAGCGGGUCCAACACAGAAGAGGACGGAGGAAUUUUUGUCAAUUCCACCAGCAGCAAGCUCCUGGAGAGAGCCCACGGCAUCCUCAUGAGAAACAAAAACUACAAAUCAAAGCCCAGUCUUCCAAAGCACUUGCUUGACGUCAAGUCCCUAAAGUACCUCAGCAACCUGACGCUGCACGACCGCAUCACCAAGUCCCUCCUCCACCUCCACAAGAAGAAGAAACCACCCAGCAUCAGCGCUCAGUUCCAGGCCUCUCUCAAUAAGCUGAUGGAGACUCUGGGCCAAUCAGAGCCCUACUUUGUCAAAUGCAUCCGUUCCAAUGCAGAGAAGCUGCCCCUGCGCUUCAACGAUGGCCUGGUGCUCAGGCAGCUACGCUACACGGGUAUGCUGGAGACCGUGCGCAUCCGCCAGUCAGGCUACAGCAUCAAGUACACCUUCCAGGAUUUCAUCCGUCACUUCCGCGUGCUGCUACCCGAGGGCACCAGUGCCACCCAGGAAGGCAUCGGACAGUACCUGGGCCAGGUGGACCUUGCACCCGAUGGAUACCAAGUUGGCAAAACCAUGGUGUUCCUGCGGGAGGUGGAGCGUCAGCGGCUGCAGGCGUUGCUCCACAGGGAGGUCCUGAACCGUAUCGUCACUCUGCAGCGCCGCUUCAGGGCCCUGCUGGAGAGGAAACACUUCAUCAGUAUGAGACUGGCUGCCACAACCAUCCAGAAAUGGUGGCGUGCCUACCAGUCCAAGCAGGAGGAGGACUACGACCCAAGCAUCCAGGAGGGGGCAGCCUUGUGCAUCCAGACAGCUUGGCGGGGGUACAGGGAGCGCUGGAGGUUCGGGCUGUGGCGGGAGGCGGCCCUGCUGCUGCAGAGGGAGUGGAGGGCGUUGCUGAAGCGGCGAGAACGGGAGGGGGCGGCACUCGCCAUCCAGACAGCCUGGCGCUGCCACAUGGCCAGAGAUGCCUACCUGCGACUGCGUGGCACCAUGGCGCUGCUACAGGCAGUGGGCAAAGGCUACCUGGCCAGACAGAGCUUCGGACAUUUGAAGGAGCAGAGACUGAGGGAGAAAGAGCAGAGGCUGAGGGAGAGAGAGAGUCAACAACAACAGCAGCUGCUGCAGAAUGGACAGACGCGUCUCUCGCCAGAAGAAGACGAUCAGCCAGUGAGGAUCAUGGGCCUGGACCUGAGCACAUGGGAGGACCGCUCAUACAAGGAGCGGGAAAGGAGCCUCCAGAGACUGAACAGCCAGGAGGAGAGGGUAAAAGAGGGACGAGGUGUAGAAAUAGGAGGUGAGGGAGGAGUGGCGAGGGCCGCAGAGAGCUCAGGUAGGGCCCAGUCGGAACCACCGCCAGUUUCGUCGACAGCCGCCGUGGUGGUGAGAGAGAGGACCAGGACCCUAGACGAGCCCUGCCAGAGGACCACCAGGGCCAAGAGGGAGAGCCGGAGGAUGAGGGAGCUGGAGCAGGCCAAGUUCAGCCUGGAGCUGCUCAAGGUGCGGGCCACGGGCAGUGGUGGGGCCUCGUCCCCCUCUGAAGAGAGGCGCUGGUCGGCCGAGCUGGCCCCCACCACCACCCCGCCUCACCGCUCCCCCCAGGGACCCGGAACCCCCGACAGCCAGAGCUCCAAGGGCAGCUUCGAGCUACUCAGCAUGGACGACGAGAUACUCGGGGAGAGGGCAACUUUGGCGGAUGAGGAGGAGCUUGGUUCCCCCCUCUCUUCUGAAGUGCAGCUGGAGCAGGCCCCGGAGGUCAGCCUCGUGUCGAAGGAGCCUCCCAGGGCUUCUGUGUCCGAUGCCGCCUCCCCACCUCCAGACAGUCAGAGUCAGGCUAAGCUAGAACCGGCUGCCGCCUCUCCACCUCCGCCCAAGAUAGAGAACUACCUCCCUACCUUUUACGUCCCGUCAACUGAUGGCAGCUUGGUCAUCACCCGUCGUCUUGGCGAUGACUCCUCGCGACCCCUCGAGGCCGAUACCACUAGUACCACCAUCGUCUCCAAGCCGCUCAAGUCAAUCAAACAAAGGCGGGAAUCGUCACGGCGACCUGUGGUUGUGGUCAUCAGCAUGCAGAAGGAAACCCCCCUGGAUCAGGAGGAACUCGGUGGUGCCGUCGUUCGUCUUCCCCCUGUAGAGGUUCGUGAUGGGUCGGCACAAACCGGCGAAUCCCCUUCAUCGCCACGGCUACCAGUCCCUGCACCCGUUCCACCACUAGAUCCCGCCCCAGUCAUCCCCAUCUCUGGCCCCACCCCUGUCCCGGCUGCCAACCAGUUGGUCCUGGAGAAGCUGGAGCGACUGAACGAGGAAAAGGAGGAGAGGCAGCGGCACCUGCAGCAGCAGAACGAGCGGGAGAUGAUGGACCAGAUCCGGAAGCAGAAGGAGGUUCUGGAGAGACAGCGGCACCACUUCGCCCAGCACGAGAGGGAACUUUUGGAGAAGCAGAGGGGUGAGGCCCUGGUCAGGAUCCAGCAGAGCCGGCAGGGAGGGCCCCCCCAAGACAGGAGUGCAACCGCAGCUACCUCUACCAGGCCCCUUAGACCCAGCUCCCUUCUCAUCGAGAGAGCCCCGGCUCUGGCUCUGGCUCCACCCUCCAGGACCCAGUCUGUGUCCGCUGCCCACGCAUACCUCUCUCCUUCUGGGCCGAUGGACACCCAGAGUGUCCCCAUGCCCCAUCCUGAGCCCAACAAGGCCCAGCCCAACAAGGCCCAGCCCAACAAGGCCCAGCCCAACCAGGCCCGGCUCCCUCCACCUCCCUCAGCCCCCAAAACAAAGACCAGGGAUGGGAGACCCAUUGCGGAUGGCUGGGCGCCGAAUUUGACCCUGGAGUCCAGAGAGAGCGGGGGAGGAGGAGCCAGAGGGAGGGUUCCCAAGAAGGCCCCAGCUAAUCAGGGCACCAGCAUCAGCAUGACUGACAUGUCGGAAAACAUCUUCUUUGCGCCCAAAGACAGAGUGGCGUUCUCUAAGUUUGACAAGGAGAAGCCUGUAGCAGUCCCAAAAGAGGGCCCUUCCUCAAGCACCAAGCCCACCAUAGGACUGAGAACACAGGAGGUCAGCAGGGCGGGCCACAGAAAGAAAGCCCGCAUGGCACGGACACGCUCUGACUUUCUGACCCGCACACCGACCUCCUCGCUAGGGGGCGAGUCGGAGGAGGAUGAGUACGACGGAAAGCCCCCCCUCUCCUCCCCUCCCCCCUACGCCCCAACCAUCCCUAAACAGGAGUCCUUUGAGUGUUUCAGUGACUCAGAGAUGCCUUCCACCAGCUCUGAGGAACAGAAGAAGAUGCACAAGGCCAUGUCAUCUGGAGAUCUGGCCAAAGUUGACACGAUACGCAAGAACGCCCAGUCAGAUGGAAGGGUUCGUGGUAAGAUGCGUUUCUGGGGCAAGACGAAGCAGGGUGAGAAGAAGUCGUCCAGAGAGAAGCUGUUCUGUGGAGGUGACUCCAUGGAUGCAGAUGACGGAGACACGGGGCCACUGCUGGGAGAAGCAGGACAGGAUUACAUGUCACCGCCUUGUAGUCCAGACCUGACCCUGGAGCGGGGGGCCAAGGAGUUCAAGGAAAACAAGGAGCCCUCGCCAAAAGUGAAGAGGCGGCGUAGCGUCAAGAUUAGCAGUGUCGCCCUAGAGCCUGCCCAGUGGGGGAACGAUGCACUGCAGAUCCUCACCUGCACAAACGACUACAGGAGCAUGAACGACUUCCUCAUGAAGAAGAUCAGUGACCUGGUGGCUGAGGACGGCGGUAAGAAAGACACAAUGGUGGACGUGGUGUUUAAAAAGGCCUUGAAGGAGUUCCGCCUCAAUAUCUUCAACUCCUACUCUACUGCUCUAGCGAUGGAUGAUGGGAAGAGUAUCCGCUAUAAGGACCUGUACGCCCUGUUCGAGCAGAUCCUGGAGAAGACCAUGCGCCUGGAGCAGAGGGACUGGAGCGAGUCGCCCGUCAAGGUCUGGGUCAACACCUUCAAGAUCUUUCUGGAUGAGUUCAUGACCGAGUACAAGCCCAUGGACAGCACCAUCAGCAAGCAGGUCCCCAAAACCGAGCGAAAAAAGAGGAGGAAAAAGGAUGCCGAUAUUGUGGAGGAACAUAAUGGCCACAUCUUCAAGGCAACCCAGUACAGCAUCCCCACCUACUGCGAGUACUGCUCCUCUCUCAUCUGGAUGAUGGACAGGGCCUGCGUCUGCAAAUUGUGUCGCUACGCCUGCCACAGAAAGUGCUGCCUGAAGUUGACCACCAAAUGCAGCAAAAAGUACGACCCAGAGCUGUCGUCCAGGCAGUUUGGGGUGGAGGUGUCCCGUCUGACCAACGAGGAGAGGACAGUGCCCCUGGUGGUGGAGAAGCUCAUCAACUACAUUGAGAUGCAUGGCCUCUACACCGAGGGCAUCUAUAGGAAGUCUGGCUCCACCAAUAAGAUCAAAGAGCUCAAGCAGGGACUGGACACAGACGUGAACGGCAUGAACCUGGAUGACUACAACAUCCACGUUAUCGCUAGUGUCUUCAAGCAGUGGCUCCGGGACUUGCCCAAUCCGCUUAUGACCUUUGAACUAUACGAGGAGUUCCUCCGCGCCAUGUGCCUGCAGGACAAGAAGGAGGUGAUUCGAGGGGUCUACUCUAUUAUCGACCAGCUCAGUAGAACUCACCUCAACACUCUGGAACGGCUCUUCUUCCACCUAGUUAGGAUCGCAGGGCAGGAGGACACCAACCGUAUGUCGGCCAACGCCCUGGCCAUUGUCUUCGCCCCCUGCAUCCUCCGCUGCCCCGACACCAUCGACCCCCUGCAGAGUGUCCAGGACAUCGGCAAGACCACAGCGUGUGUGGAGCUCAUCAUCGGAGAGCAGAUGAAUAAGUACUGCGCCCGGCUAAAGGACAUCAACAGUCUGGAGUUUGCCGAGAACAAAGCCAAGUGCAGGUUGACCCUCAUUCGGAGAUCAAUGCCAAACGCAGCCAAAAAGGGCAAGGGCCACGUACGGCGGUUCAGCUACCACACACCCUCGCCCCCGGUUAGCCCGCGCCUGCCGUCCGUGACGGGUGCAGUGAUGCAGGAGAGCGGCGGUGAGGAGGUGGGGGUGGGGCUGGAGCCUGAGGUAUCGGAGCAGCAGCAGUUGGCCAUGCAGCAGGAGGAGAGAGUGCUGACGGAGCAGAUCGAGAGCCUCCAGAAAGAGAAGGAGGAGCUAACCUUUGAGAUGCUGACUUUGGAGCAGCGAGCAUCAGACGAUGAGACCCUGGAGUCGGAGGCGUCCAUCGGCACGGCCGACAGCUCCGAGAACCUCAACGUGGACUCUGAAGGAGCCACCUCCGACUUCUCCGGUCCCUCAGAGAGAGAACCCACACUGGCCCCCAUUGCCCGAACCAAGAGGUUGGAGGGGAAGAGCCACCGACGCCGCAACCUACGCAGGCAACCCGACUCCCAGGACUCAGUGGACUCCUGUUCCACCAUCUCCUCCCUCUCCUCCUCCCACUUCCACCCGUCCUCUUCCUCCUCUGCGGCCACAGCUCGCCACUUUCGCUACCGCUCCAAGUCCCCCUCUUCUGGCUCUGCCCAGGGCUUGUACCUGACCCAGCCUCCCCGCUGCGACAGCAUGGACUGUCCCCCCCCGGCCAAACAGGAGGGGGCGUUCGAAGAGAGGUCACAGUUCACCAGCCGAGGCACCUUCAACCCGGAAAAGGGCAAACAGAAACUGAAAGGAUCCAAGAACUCACCCUUGAGGCACUCCCAUGACAGUGGGGGCCGCAGCAGGGAUCCACCUGACUUACCCCAGCAGCGGGUUUUGUACGGCAGCAAUGAGUUCAUGGUAUGAAGGACAGUGGGAACACCUCCUUUGUCACAGCCCACUCUCCCUAAGAGCAUGCGAUCUGACCUCCUUCCUCAAACACUCCAGCUCACCCUUUCUCAGUCCACGUCCGCAACGAUGCAGAACUGUCCCCCCAAGUGCCAUGUACACACAGUACUGUGUGUCCACUUCAAAGAGACAGGAGAGAGAUAGGCUGGGAGUGGGAGAGGAGGAACCAGUAGAAGGGUUGAUCUCCUGUGGCCUUAACUGCCAACCACACUCCCCAUGGUCCCUGUGCAGGUCUGGGCCUCCCUCAGCCCAGGGGAGAGGGGACGUGUGGAGCAGGAAGGCAGAGAAAAGGAAAUGCUGGGACAUCCGGGAGAUCUCCCGAGCUGACAUCCCAAUGCAAACUAGGAGGUGGAACGAGGCUAGAAGAUGGAGAAAAAAAGGAAAAAAGGCUACCGAGCCAUUGACAGUGCUGCCGUGUCCAUGAACUUGAGAUCUCAAUCAUUGGCUGCUUUAAAGUUUACAGUUAAAAACAAUCAAUGUAAGCAGUGUUUCCCCUAUUAUUACAAAUGUAUUUUUCCCUUAAGCCUAUUUAAUAAAUUUUUAAUUUCAUGGAAAGUAUAAAUCUAUAUAACUAUAUUAUAAAGGUAUAAAUACUGUACAAAGCCGGAACACCAGUAACUGCUGGGUAGUUGAAUUCAAAUAUUUAUCUUUUUCUUGAGUAUCUUGGGCAGAGAUGUAUGGUAUUGGACAAAGGCUGUGUACGUGUGCGUGUUUGAGUGUCAAUUUGUGUGCGUGUGUGUAUGAGAAGACCACUUCAUGUGUUUAAGUUUGUGCUGCUUCAUUCUUCUCCUGAGGGAAAUACGGCCAUGAAAGGGACCAAGUUAGCUGGUGUGUAUUCCAGCCAAGGGGAUCCCAGCUCUGUAAAGAAUGUCGGAUGUGUAUAAAAUCACUGCAUUCACAGCUUAACAGCCAUACAACAAUUAGAAUGUACAGUACAAUAUGUAUUGGACAAAUGCCAUUCUCCUUGCUCUGGAUACAUGUUACCCCAAAAUCCUUGUCUUGCGAGAUUUCAGUGUUGGACUCAAUAGCAACCAAACAUGCA